ACCAAACCCCCAAAUUCUAAACCCCCUCUUCUCCCCUCUCCUUCUCACACACACAGUACACCACUCAACCAUGGCGGCACUGAAGCUUCUCCUCUCUCCAGCUCGCCGCCACUACCUCACCAAACACACUACUUCACAUUUCCACUCUCCCAUUUCCCUCACCUCUCACAGAUCCCUUUCUUCCUCCUCCGAAUCUGACCCUCCUCCACCCCGACCCUUCGAACCCAUCCCAAUCCAACCCGUUUCAUACCCCGUCAAACCCAAAGACACCCCCUCUCCUCCCCCUCCCGACUCCCUCCGCCAGCCUCCGCCGCCGACACAGCUUUCCGGGGAGGCCCCGGAGCCGCAGCAGCGGGCAUUGACGCGCGAGGAUAUUCGCUACGUGAAGGAUGGGCCGUCGAUAACGCCGGUGUCGUACCCAAUGCGGGUGGCGCCGCUCCCCGAGGAUAUGGUCCCGGGGCAGAAGAAUGAUGAGAUGGAGAUGGAGAGGAGGAGGAUUGAGGCGGAGGAUCAGUUGAGGGCGAGAAUGGUCAGAGCUGUGGAAGAUGAAAAGAUGAAGGUUCCUUUUCCGUUAUUGAUUAGGCCUAAGCAGAAGGAGAAGCCCCCUGUUCUUGAUUUGAUGGAGGCCAUUCGCCAAGUUAAGGCCAAUGCCAAGGCGAAGUUUGAUGAAACUAUUGAAGCACAUAUAAGAUUGGGUAUUGAGUCAAAGCGAACCGAACUGGCAGUUCGUGGUACUGUGAUUCUGCCUCAUGGUGCUCCUAAGGCCGUCAGUGUGGCUGUUUUUGCAGAAGGGGCAGAAGCAGAAGAAGCUAGAGCUGCAGGAGCUGAUAUAGUUGGUGGCAAAGAGCUUAUUGAGGAGAUUGCCAGUGGUAAUAAUAAGCUCAAAGUUGACAAGUGUUUUUCAACUCCUGGAAUGGCACCUCAUCUUGGAAAGAUAGCACAGUAUCUAAGAAAGCGCAGAUUGAUGCCAGACAAGAAACUAGGUACUCUGACCAAUGAUAUUUCUGGGCAGUUGAAAGAGCUAAGACAGGGUCGUCUUGAGUUUAAAAUGGAAAGUAAAUCAAUUUUGCAUGCCGGAGUUGGAAAGGUAAGCUACAAAGAUGAGUCUUUACGAGAGAAUAUUGGUGCAUUUAUGAAUGCUGUGCUCCUUGCAAAGCCUGCUGGCUUAAAGAAGACUUCCAAAUAUGCUGGGUAUGUGCUGUCUGUCCAUAUAUGCAGCACGAUGGGCCCAGGAUUUCCUGUAUCAAUACAGUCGUUAUCGAAAGCAGCAGAUAACUACAAGAAAAUGCAUGUGGUAUGAAUCGUGGAUAGGGGGAGGCUAUGGUCUUUCAACAUGAAUCGAAGUUUGAUAAACAUGUGUUGUAGUUUUUUGUUCAUUACCAUUGAUUUUCUUUGUCCUGUGAUAUAUGUGGCAAUAAGAAAGUGAAAAAUUUAACAUAUUUGUGCGAGCUUGAUUUGUUUCUGAUCGUCUUCUGGUGUAUAUCACUUUCCUCAUUGCAAAACUGAACUUACAAAACUUAGUAAUACUGAGCUAACCUGAUAUUACUUUCUGAGUUA